UUUGAUAUAAUAAUAAUAAUGGCAGCAAAUUUCAAAGAUUGCCUCUGAGUUCAAAAUUCCUUAUGCAAAGCCACUAGCAUUUAUCAAGGCUAAAGAGAACGUAAAAUGUGUGAAGAAACUGAAUCCUCUUGACGACAAUGUUGAUGGAGAUAUCCAAUGUGCAGAACUACAAGAUUUUGUUGAUUGGAUUCAGUGUGGCCUGAGGCCUGAUCUUAAGAAAAAGUUUUAUCUAGAUAAUGACAACAUGAUUCGACCAAGAAUGGAUUUUGGAGUGGAACAUAUUUGGAAAAAAUCAUGGUUUUAUGCGAUUAAGUGUAGUGGUCAAUUUUUGACGUCAUCUCAUAUCAAUGUGGUUAUGUAUUACAUCCGCAAGAAAGCCAAGUAUAAGCUGUUAGAUGGUUUGCGAAUUACCACAACUGACUGUCUGUUUGACGAUAGAAUGUGUGCAACGUAUGUGGCAUAUACAAAAAAGAAGAAGCAUGAUGUAUCUACUGUCAGUGAGUGUGGUACUGUAGCUGAUUUUAUUCGUGGAGAUAAGGUUCUUUGCAAUACUCAUUGGAAGGACGUGGAUGAGGUUCUUUUUCCCAUACACGUGAACAGUCAGAAACAUUGGAUUUUGGGACGUUUGGUCUUUAAAGAGAGAUGCAUAUAUGUCUAUAAUUCCAUGCAAUCAUCUUUGUCGAGGGCUCUUGGAAUUGAAGCAGCCACGGAAUAUUCAGUUCUCAUUCCUCUGUUUUUAACUCGUAUGAAUAUUUAUCAAAUGAGGAGCGACAUUGAUUUCAACUCUCCUGCUUAUCAGAAUAAGCAUUUUUGUGAUUCUUUCAAUAUUGUAUCUGUUUCCAGCCUUCCAGAGCAACAAGAAACUGAUUGUGGAGUGUUCACUCUUGCGUUUGCAGAGCAUUUGAUUCAUGAUAAACCUAUUCCAUUGACUCUGGAUAUUAAUCGCUAUCAGAUGCGUCUCUCAUAUCUGUUGUACCGGUAUGGCAUGAUGAAGAAUGCAGAAAAUAUUGUUAGUGAUGAAGAGAUUGAAUCGAAGAAGAACGAUGAAAAAGCAACAAAAAAAGGGAAGAAAAAGGUGUCAGAUUAG